AUCUUUACAAUACCAAAUUGUUUGUCCGAAUUUACGAUUUUGAAUAAAUUUUUGUCGUAGAAGUUUGCAAUCAUUCGAUUCACAAACGUGAACUAUGGUCGCGUUAACAUUAACAGAUGCCAACUUUUUGAGUUUCGCCCGUUGAGUCACGAGUGAUAAAUCUCCGUACAUAUACUUAUAAUUUCUUCUCAUUGUGCAACACCAGCAACAUUGUUGCUUAUCUUUUUACGGUAACAUUUAUGGAAUUUACAAGUGUUUCACACGUUCAAGUUUAACAAGUAAACAGUUUAAGUUUAACACAGUUUAACAUAAUCCCGAAAGGCGCCUAUUAUUUCACAAGAAUCAAGAAAGUUGCUGUCAGAGAUAGUGUGGAGGUGAAGAGAUUAUGGCCACUUGGGAUGGUUCGUAUUCGGAACCAGACGAUCAACACUACUACGUAUACUCCGAUCAGAAUGUUUCUGGUCCUGCAGCAAGCAACUGGACGUACUUUUCUAACAAUGUAAAUAACGAUUAUUCACGAGCUAAUCGUGAAUUUUGUGUACAAAAUGAUGCUGCGUUCCAGCAGAAUUGUCCCAAUACUUUCUAUCAUUCAGACACGAAUGUCAUGCCCAACGUUCUUUCCACAAGUAAUGGUUAUCAGGAACAUCUAACUAAUCCUGUGGACAACUCUCAAAUGUCAACUAGUAUAGAAUACUUUCCAAAAAAUGUUAAGUCUCAACAGUGUUUUCUACCUGCAGUUGAUUAUCGGACUAAUGAUUACGUUCUAAAGACAACUAAGAAUAAGCAUAAUCAUACAAAAGAAGUUACAACCAAUGCAACAAAAGAGUCAAAUUUACAUGUUACUGCUCAAGAAUUUGUGCCAAAUAAUUCAAAAUUAACCAAUAAGAAGAGGGAGUUACAAAAUGCAGAUUCUUGUGUUAAUAAUGUGGAUUCUUAUCCGAGAGACACAAGAUUCAUGGAAGAAGCAGCAGCAACAGUUGACAAGUAUUCUAUGGACAACACAAAUAAGUAUGAACAGAAACGUGAUAAUAGAAGGAAUUUAACUUACAAGCCCAAAGAAGGACAGCAAGACUAUUUUUACAAAAACAAUGCAUACAAACAUUCUUAUCAUCAACAAGGUGGAAGUUCUUACAAGUUUCAAGAUAAUAAAUAUUAUACUAGUAAGCAUUAUUCUGAUAAAUCACAUAUGGAUACAAAGGAUAUAUCUGUACGUGCAUCAGGCAGAAGUCCGAUAAGCGGUAAUAAUACAAGUGACAAUAAAGAAAUAUCUGCAGUAAAUUUAAAUGAGGAAGAACCACGUUCAACUAUGGAUGCAAAUUUGUAUUGGAAUAGGAAACUAGCAAAUGAGAACAGAGAGAGAAGAAAUACUGUUGCCAAGUACAAUAAUGUGCAGUCUAAUGGAACAAAACAAUCUAUCGAUCAAAGCAAGGAAUAUACUUAUUAUAAUUCAGGAUCAAAGCAAUCGUAUGCAUACCAUAAAAAUACAAGGAAAUAUCCAUAUAACAUUCGACAUAACAGAGAUGAAUAUAAUUACAGAGAGAAAAGAUACAACUGUCAAGGGCAGAAUGAGACUUGGGAGAACCAUAGUAAAGAGGAUAAACAAUUAGAAAGGAGAGAACAAUUGUGUAGCCAAAAGAAUUACAAUGAAGUUAGACAAGGUUCUAGCGAAGAAGUUCAACUUGGCACAAAGGAAUUAAAAGAGAAAGGAUAUAGUUAUCAAGGACGUGAUGGGCAUAAAGAACGCAACAAACAAGAUAAAAUCGAAACCUUCAAAGAGAGAGAUAGAAGCAAAAAUAAUAUACUUGAUGAUAAAGAAAAGGGAAAUGAAAAUUGGAGGAAUAAAAGGGACAUUAGUGAAAAGAAUGGUAUUCAAAAACGAAUACAAAAUAAAAAAUCUCUGGUUGAUGAUGAUGCAAGUCAAAGAGAAAGACUGACGGAACAAUUAAAUAGGGGACAACUAGAAUGUUUAGUGUGUUGCGAGAACAUCAGACAAAAUGAUUACAUUUGGUCAUGUUCUAAUUGCCAUCAUGUUUUACAUUUGAAGUGUGUUAAAAAAUGGGCCAAGUCUUCGCAAGCAGAUAAUGGUUGGAGAUGUCCAGCAUGUCAGAAUGUAAGUUCAACAAUUCCUGACGACUAUUUCUGUUUCUGUGGCAAGACAAAAGCCCCCGAAUGGAAUCGUAGAGAUGUUGCACAUUCUUGCGGAGAAGUUUGUGGUAGAACAUUAUCGAAAAAUAAUUGUCCUCACAAGUGUACUCUUCUGUGCCAUCCUGGAUCAUGUCCACAAUGCGUGGCAAUGGUAACAAGGUACUGCGGCUGUGGAAAAACAUCACAAACAGUGCAAUGUAGCACCCACAAGCUGCUGUUGUGUGAAUCUAUAUGCGAUAAGGAUUUACUUUGCGGAGCACACAAAUGUGAAAAACAGUGUCAUCACGGAGAAUGUUCAAAUUGUGAAAAAACAAUAGAGCAAAAAUGUUAUUGCGGCAAAAACAAGAGAGAAGUAAUCUGUCAGAAUGGCGUUCCGCGCGAAUACUCUUGUGAAACUGUAUGUGGUAAACUAUUAGACUGUGGUAAUCACAUUUGCACAAAGCUGUGUCAUCCAGAUGUUUGCGAACCAUGUGUUUUGACACCGGAGAAAGUUACAACCUGUUGUUGUGGACAAACACUUCUGACAGAAGAAAGAAAAACUUGUUCAGAUCCAAUUCCAUGCUGUGAUAAAGUAUGUUCUAAAAAUCUGAAAUGUGGUCAACCUAACAAUCCACACACAUGUAAGGUAAAAUGUCACGAAGGAGAUUGUCCUAUUUGCGAUUUGACUACAGAUGUUAAAUGUCGUUGCGGUAAUAUGGACAGAGAAAUAGCUUGUAAAGAUUUAACAUCGAAAGCUGACGAUGCCCGAUGUGAAAAAAGAUGUACGAAAAGAAGAUCUUGUGGCAGGCAUAAAUGUAAUCAGCUAUGUUGCAUAGAAGUAGAGCAUAUUUGUCCUAUGAUGUGUUCUAAAACUUUAAGCUGUGGUAGACACAAAUGUGAACAAACUUGUCAUAAAGGAAGAUGUCAACCUUGUUGGCGUAGUAGCUUUGAUGAAUUAUACUGUGAAUGCGGAGCAGCUGUGAUAUAUCCUCCAGUUCCUUGUGGUACUAGGAGACCUGUUUGCGAUAGGCCAUGUUCUCGACAGCAUUCCUGUGGGCACGAAGUGCUCCAUAAUUGUCACAGUGAACCAAUCUGUCCCCCUUGUACUGUCCUUACUCAGAGGUGGUGUCAUGGAAAGCAUGAACUACGAAAAGCCGUGGCGUGUUACGUUAAUGAAAUAUCAUGCGGUUUGCCAUGUAAUAAACCAAUUUCUUGCGGUCGACAUAAGUGUAUCACUAUUUGUCAUCCUGGGUCAUGUGAGAAACCAGGACAGCAAUGUACUCAACCAUGCACUAUUUCAAGAGAAAUGUGCGGACAUAUUUGCGCCGCCCCGUGUCACGACGGUAAAUGUCCGGAUGUACCAUGCAAGGAAAUGGUGAAGGUAACCUGUCAGUGUGGACAUAGGAUGAUGUCUCGCGUUUGUGCGGAAAAUACUAAGGAAUAUCAGAGAAUAGCAAGUAGCAUACUAGCUAGUAAAAUGGCUGAUAUGCAACUAGGUCAUUCAAUUAAUUUGGAAGAAGUGUUUGGUCAAGGUGCAAAGAAGCAGAAUCAGUUGAAAACUCUAGAAUGUAACGACGAAUGUAAAUUAAUAGAACGAAAUAGAAAAUUAGCAUUAGGGUUGCAAAUUGUGAAUCCGGAUCUGAGUGGAAAAUUAAUGCCUAGAUAUAGCGAUUCCAUGAAACAAUGGGCUAAGAAAGAUCCACAUUUUUGUCAAAUGGUUCAUGAAAAGUUAACAGAAUUAGUUCACUUAGCAAAGACUUCGAAACAGAAGUCACGCAGUUAUUCCUUUGAUUGUAUGAAAAAAGAUAGACGUGAUUUUGUUCAUGAAUCCUGCGAGCAUUUUGGCUGUGAGAGCCAAGCAUAUGAUAAGGAACCUAAAAGAAACAUUGUUGCUACUGCAGUAAAGGACAAGUGCUGGUUACCCAGCUAUAGUUUAUUAGAAAUUGUACAACGAGAAAACGGUCAAAGGAAAGUUCCUGGUCCAAUGCUGAAUACUUCAAAAGUUGAUGGGCCUGUAAAGACAAUAUUAUCACUGCCCGCGAGAAAGAACCAGAAACACAGUUAAACACAAAAAUACUAGAACCAGAAAUAGAUUACUUUGAUUAUCAGGGAUAAGAUUAUUAUUGUAUAUCCUGUACAGUGUAAUGUGAAUGACAUACAUAAUACUAUAAUUGGGGAAAUUGGUGUUGUUAAAUAUAAUUAAUUGAAUGUUUCAGGGCGUUCGUAUUUGUAAAGUGU